CAAAACAAGGAUCAUUGACAGGAAUCAUCACGUGGUUUCAAGGAAGUCAGAAAACAUGUCCAACAAGUCUCGUCAGAUUCCGGCACGCCACACCGAGCUCACAGUCUGUGAGGGAACGUUUCCUUGACAGCAGCGAAAUGGAGGCGAACAGAGUCGAAGUGCUCACCUGUUCCAUCUGUCUGGACCUCCUGAAGGACCCCGUCAGUCUUCUCUGUGGACACAACUACUGUAAAGCCUGUAUUGAAGGUUUCUGGGACAGUGGAGAAGAGAACAUCUACCGGUGUCCUCAGUGCCGACAGACCUUCACCCCGAGGCCUCUCCUGCAGAAGAACACUGUGUUAGCAGAGUUAGUGGAGCAGCUGAAAGAGACUGGAGCUGUUGACCUCUGCUAUGCUGGACCUGAAGAUGUGGCCUGUGACGUCUGUACUGGGAGGAAACUGAGAGCCCUCAAAUCCUGCCUGAUGUGUCUGGUCUCUUACUGUGAGCAACACAUCCAGCCUCAUCUUGAAGCUCCGGCCUUCAGGAGACACAGGCUGAUCCACCCGUCCAAGCAGCUCCAGGAGAUCAUCUGCCCUCAACACGAUGAGGAGAAGAAGAUGUUCUGUCGUAAUGAUCAGCAGGUGAUCUGUCACCUCUGUGCUGAGGACCAACACAAAGACCACCACAUUGUCUCGGCCACAGCAGAGAGAAGAGAGCGAGAGAAAGAGGUGGAUCAGAGUCGAGGAAGGAUCCAGAGGAGGAUCCAGAAGAGGGAGGAAGAGUUGAAGCUGCUUCAGCAGGAGGAGGAGCACAUCACCAUCUCUGCUGAUAAAGCAGUGAAGGACAGUCAGAAGACCCUCAACAAGCUGAUCCAGAAGCUCCAGAGAAUGAUUUCUGAUGAGAAGCAGCAGAUCAGAUCCCAGCAGCAGAGAGAGAUGGUUCGAGUCCGAGGACUUCAGCAGCAGCUGAAGCAGGAGAUUACUGAGCUGAAGAAGAAAGAUGCUGAGCUGCAGCAGCUGUCACUCAUCGACAGUCACACGGUCUUUCUCCAGAACUUGUCCUCACUGUCAGAGGUCAGUGAAGACACGCUUUCCUCAUCGUCCCACGCCCCUCCUCAGGUCUGCUAUGAGGAAGUGGCAGCAGCCGUGUCAGCCAGCAGAGCCCGACUCCAGGACCUUCUGAGAGACACCUGGUCCAACAUCUCACUGAUGCUCGCUCCUGAGCCCAAGACCAGAGAUGAGUUCCUCAGGUACUCUGUGGACAUCACCAUGGAUCCAAACACUGCACACGCAGAGUUGAAGUUGUCAGAAGGACGAAGGAAGGUGACAGACAUGGGAAAAGAUCAGGCUCCUCCUCAUGAUCCUGCCAGGUUCACUGACUAUCCUCAGGUCCUGAGUAAGGGGACGCUGACUGGACGUUGUUACUGGGAGGUGGAGUGGACUGGAUACACUGGAGAAGUAGCAGUCUCAUACAAGGAUAUCAGCAGAUCAGGAAGAGAAUGCUCAUUUGGACGUAACCACCAAUCCUGGUCAUUAUCUUGUAACAACUCUGGCUGUUCUUUUAAACACAACAGAGUCACAACUGAAGUCUCCGGUGCUCCGUCCUCCACGGUGGGAGUGUACCUGGAUCACCCUGCAGGGCUCCUGUCCUUCUACAGCGUCUCCGACACCAUGACCCUCCUCCACAGAGUCCAGACCUCCUUCACUCAGCCUCUUCAUGCUGGAGUAUAUGUUGGAUCCACCUGCGAGUUCCUGAAACUGAAACAUUGAGACACACUGGUCCUGCAUCCCCACGUCACACGAUCAGAACCGGCCCUCUUCCAUGGGAUCACAUGUAGAUUGCGCAACUAAAUCGACUCAUGUAUGUAGUGAAAAUCAUUGGUGUUUGGAGCGAUCAUGUGUUUUAACGUCCGGUGAACUUCAGUCUCAGUUUAUAGCCUAUAUUUCAUCCAUGAACUCUCUGCUUUCACCAUGUCGGCUCUUUUAAAUGCCACGCUCCCUCGUCGUGUUCGUCCAGCUCUACUGCCAAUAUUGUGCUAUCCUCAUACCCACGUAACACUUUCAAAUACACUUCAUGUUGUUUUAGGAUGUUUUGAUUCUCCAGUCUCGUAAUUCUAAACGUCUAUUUGUUAUUGUUGAGUUGAUAUAAGUGAAUGUUUCCUUCGCAUCUGUAUGUAAUGACCAAAAGUCAGUCUCAAAUAAAACA